AAAGUCAAUGAAACAAAGAGAAACAGAAAAGAGUCUGUUUCUGUGAAAGAGGAAACGACUCCCGGGCUGGAGGCGGGAGCAACCUUACUCGGCUCCGUCCCACGCGAAGUAGCGUAGCUCUGUUAUCGAGGAUCAGCUGCCCUGCGGUGGGGGCCGACUGCAAAGACCUGGACUGACCCCCCCACUCUUUUUCCAAUCUCAGGGUCUGCUGCUGGCCCUCCAUGUUGGCGAGGCAUUCGCACCCAUGACUGAUGGGAGGAUGAAAGGAUAUUUGGACCAGCAGGUGCCUUACACUUCUGCACAGAAACCGUCCGGAAAUGGCAUCCUGGAAGGCAGAGCUGUGAUGGCUGCGCGGAAGAAAUCCAUGGAUCCAGGGAUACCCCACGUCCCAGACCCCGAAGAUCUCUUCCACGACCUGAACCAGUUUCAGGAAACCUGGCUGACUGAAGCUCAAGUUCCAGACAGCGAUGAGCAAUUUGUGCCUGACUUUCAUUCAGAAAACUUAGCCCUUCACAGCCCCCCAGCUAAGAUCAAGAAGGAGCCUCAGAGCCCAUGUUCGGAAGCGGCGGGGUCCUGCCGGCGCAGACAGCCUUACCAGUACCGUAAUGGGGAGCAAUGCCUUUAUGCCAGGCAAGAGUCAAACUUUGUGAGCUCCCACGGCCUACCCCAGGCUGCGCCCGGACGGGCAUACCUUAUGGAGCACAGCUCCUCAUAUCAGCUGCGUGGCGAGAUGGGCCAAUCCUUCCCCACCUCUCAAGCCUUGGGAUCGGAUGCCGCACCGCCUUAUCAGCGCCCGCUGUCUGCCCCAUGCCUCCCAUACCCUGCUCAGGGCUUCAAGCAGGAGUACCAUGACCCAAUGUAUGACCAGGCGAACCCGCUGGGGGCCGGUGGCAGCUCCCGGUACGCGACAGGAGUAGUCAUCAAGCAGGAACAGAUGGACUAUGCUUUUGAUGCAGAUGUCCCGAGCUGCCAUUCGAUGUAUAUGAAUGUGGACCCUUUCCCAGUACAUUCCAACCCCGACGGAACACUAGGGUACAGUUAUGAGAAACAGGCACGGCCGUUCGCUGAUGACGUCUGCGUCGUCCCUGAGAAGUUUGAAGGGGACAUCAAGCAAGAAGGGGGUGGGUACCGUGAGGGCCCCCCUUAUCAACGGCGGGGGUCUCUGCAGCUUUGGCAGUUCCUAGUAGCUUUGCUGGACGACCCAAGCAACUCCCAUUUCAUUGCCUGGACGGGCCGAGGGAUGGAAUUCAAACUCAUUGAACCAGAGGAGGUGGCACGGCUUUGGGGCAUCCAGAAGAAUCGCCCAGCCAUGAACUACGACAAGCUGAGCCGCUCUCUUCGCUACUAUUACGAAAAGGGCAUUAUGCAAAAGGUGGCUGGUGAGCGUUAUGUGUACAAGUUCGUGUGCGAACCAGAAGCCCUCUUCUCCCUGGCUUUCCCCGACAAUCAGCGCCCGUCCCUGAAGGCCGAGUUCGAGUGGCACGUCAGCGAGGAGGACACCGUGCCUCUGUCCCACCUGGACGAGGGCGUAGCCUAUAUGCAAGAUCUCGGGGGGCAGCCGCCGUAUGGGAAAGGCUACACCUACUAACUGCCAGAAGAAGAGACGGGUCAGAUAAUGGCCGAGUUGUACAUAUACGAAGACGCUUGUCGGUAAUCACCAAUGUAGAGUAUUGCCUCUGCUUUCCUGACGCUGAACCGGACUGUACAGUGGGCUGCCUUUUUGAGGAGAGGGCAGUACAGUUGCCCAGUACCCAGAUCUGGAUUCAAAUCCUGCCUUAGCCGUGGACUCGCUGGGUGAACUUUGGGCGAGCUGCUUUCAUUCCAGCCUCCGUUCCCGAGGACUAGCGUCCUACCUCGCAGGGAUGUUGUGAGGGCGGGGUCAAAUAAAGAUUGUAAAGUGCUUUGUA